AUGUGGACUUUCAUCAUCCAGCUCCUGGUCACGCUAGUGCUCCUGAGCUUUUUCCUGGUCAGCUGUCAGAACGUGAUGCACAUUGUCAAGGGCUCCCUGUGCUUUGUGCUGAAGCACAUCCACCAGGAGCUGGACAAGGAGCUGGGGGAGAGCGAGGGUCUGAGUGAUGAUGAAGAGACCAUCUCCACCAGGGUGGUCCGGCGUCGGGUCUUCUUGAAGGGGGAUGAGCUUCAGAAUAUUCCAGGGGAGCAGGUGACGGAGGAACAAUUCACGGAUGAACAAGGAAACAUUGUUACCAAGAAGAUUGUUCGCAAAGUUGUUCGGCAGAUAGACUCAUCUGGUGCCGAUGACACCCAGGUGCAUGAGGAGGUGAUUGUUGAGGGGCCCCUGCAGGAUGCUAGUGAGCUGGAAGCUGAUCUUGAUUCAUUUAUGAGACAUGCCAAGGAUCACACCUCGACACCCAACCCCUGA